AUGGAGGAAGCUAAGCACAAGACCAAGUCAAGAUCUUGGCUUGAUCGCCUAAAUUCUGCUUUCCGCUGGCCGCAAAUUGCUCUUCGUCGCAACAACGCUUUCAAUGCUGGAGAUCGGUUCAUGGAAACACGAUCCAUUGGCGACCUCAACGAAGCAAUUCGAGUAGCAAGGGAAAAUGUGGAAUACCUUCCCUUUCACCACGACUUCUUGACCGAUCUGGGCUACUUUCUUGCAGAUCGGUACGAGCUCCUCGCCGCGUCGAAAGACUUUGAAGAAGCCAGAGGCCUACUGGGCCGAGUCCUUCAGGACAAGAGGCCUGACAAGGCCAUUAAGGUGCAAUGCGCUGCGAAACUCAGUCACCUUUACUGCAUUGGUGCGCAAAAAACAGGCACCCCUGCUUUUGCUGAAGAAGCGCUUCGCCUGGCGCGACUAGCAGUUGAUGAGUGCAGCCAGUUAAGCAGGAUAGAGGCAGCAGUUGACGCUAUGCAGGAGGCAAUUAACACGGCCGAGGAAAAAACUCCACAACUUAUUCACGUCCUUUUAGGGUAUCUUUAUGAUUACUAUGAAAAGACCGAGGAAAUGCAGGUCCUUGAAUACAUCCUCCAGUCCACGAGGACUGCUGCUGAUUUAGCACCAAUCGAUUCUUCGCUGCAGAUUGGUCGGCUUUUCGAGAUUGCAGAGUACCUUCAUGAAAUGCAAAAAGGAAAAACCAGGGAAGCGGAUGCCUUAGAGGAGGCGACAGAGGCGCAUGAGGGUGCUGCUAAGAAAGCGCGGGGAUUGCUUGCCUCGACGCCAGUAGAGAGUGCUGCAUAUGUGGCUAUGUUGAUGCAAUUCGGGCGUAGCCUAUAUCGAUGGUAUAUGAGAACGCAAUCGGUAGAUGAUCUAGUGGAAGCUAUUCGUUGCGUAAGGAGGGCGAUCGAUAUAACACCCCUCGACUCUCCGAAGAAACCUCAUCAACUGAUGGUUUACGCGAGAUACAUUUCUCACUGGUCUGAUGAGUUAGGGCCAACUUCCGAAUUGAAAGAGGGCAUAGGCGUGGUUAGACAAAUCCUUGACAUAGCGCCCGACGACUUCCUAGAGGAGAACAGGCCAAUCUGCCGUUUCAUACACUAUCUUCACGUCUAUUAUCACCUGACGCGGGAGUUGGAAUACCUGGAGCAAUCUAUCAGCCUAUCAAGACGGGCUAUCGAUAUGAUGCCAAGGGAUAACCCGAACUUGACAAACGUUCUGUUUGAGCUCGUCUUCUCCCUCUCCUCGCGCUAUGAAAACACUCGCGCCUUGGCUGAUUUGAAAGAGUUAGUCAAAAUGGCCAAAUACAUGGUGGACACAACACCCGAUGACCACCGAGACCGGAGCGAUAGAGUAGGCAUCUACAUUGGGCAGCUCAUUACUUUGUGCAACAGGGAACCCAAUAGAGCCAACAUCACUGAAGCUCUCAAGACCGCAGAACUUGCAGUGCGCGCAGACUUGGGUCGGGGCGUAAACCCAACGAAAGCUUAUAUCGUGCUUGCCCACGCUCUCGAAGCAUCUUAUGAAUUCUCCGGCAAGAGAUACGAGCUUGAAAAGAGCGCUGUGGCAGUCCGAGAAGGAGUUCGCCACGCAACUAGAGACUUCGAUAAAUUACGUGCUCUUAGCCUACUUUCUAGUAUCCUUUUCAAGCAGUACCGGCUCUCUAAAACAUUAGAGAGCCUUAACGAGGCUAUCGACGCCGUAAGAAAGGCACUGGAAUUAACACCGACUAAUCAAUACUACAAAUACUUCGAUGUUACAAAACUGGCCAACUACCUGCUCCAGAGAGGAAAGCAUACUGGCGCAGGAGAAGACGUGAAAGAGGCUAUAAAGUUGCUUCUUCCAUCUCAUGCGGACAAUCGCAGACAUUAUUUCUCAGAGAUUAUAGGUUCCACGAGGUACUUAGCGGAUGCCUACAGUCUACAGAAUGAUUGGGAAGGCGCAUUUAACGUUUCAAGCAAGAUGAUUGAGACCCUCCCAACGAUGAUACCAAACUCGCUUGAAAACUCAGACAAGCAGUGGGUUGUUCAAUUCAUGACUGGAAUGUCAUGUCUUGCAGCAUCUGCCGCGCUAAAGCUUGGUAAACCUCCUUUUGUCGUCUUAGAUGCCCUAGAAAGAGGUCGGGGGAUGCUUGGAACGUCCAUUGAAGAUAUGAGACGAACUGACAUUACGGAUUUACAAGCGGCGAAUCUUGAGUUAGCAAAAGAAUUUGCUCGCCUAAAGAACCAAUUAGAAAUGCCUUUUUCUCAGUCGCUCACCGAUGCCAAUAUAGAAGACAAUUCAUGUGAUACCGAAGAGAGCCGGAAGUUUGGCACCAAUGCCGUUUUUGAUAGCCGAUAUCAGGCGGGGGUUGAGUUGAGCCAAGUCGUCGAGGAAAUUAGUAACCUUCCCGGUUUCGAGUCGUUUUACAGCCCACCGUCCGAAGAAGACGUUCGAAAGGCUGCUAUCUACGGACCUCUUGUGGUUAUCAUCGAGGGUCUGGGCGAAUAUAACGCCAUCAUUGUCGAGGCGAAUCAGAUUCAGACGUUGCCAUUGCCAAAUCUUUCAUAUAAAGAGGUCUUGAAAAAGGUUCACGAAGGACAUAUGGGAAGGCCUUCCAUUCUGGAAUGGCUAUGGGAUAAUGCAAUGGGCCCCAUUCUAAGCGCUCUUGGAUUCUCUAGCCCAGUUGAUGAUGGUGAUAAUUGGCCUCAUGUUUGGUGGAUCCCCACGGGUUAUUUGUGCAAGUUCCCUCUCCACGCAGCGGGGUACCAUACAGAAGGCUCCGGGAAAACAGUUGUCGACCGUGUCAUCUCUUCCUAUAGUUCAUCCGUCAAAUCCAUCAUCUACGGUCGUCGUCGUCAAGCCCCGUCAUCAUCUGCCUCUCCUGGGAAAGCGGUGCUUGUCGCUAUGGAGAAAACUCCCCGACACGCCCGACUCCCAUACGCUACCAAGGAAGUCCGCGUGCUGAACGAAAUCUGCAAGACCAUGAAUCUCAAUGUCGAGAACCCAACAAGGACAAAGACCGUUUUACUAGAGCAUCUAAAGGAAUGCACUGUGUUUCACUUUGCUGGCCACGGUUACACGAACCAGGAUAAUCCAUCUCAGAGCUAUCUCUGCUUAGAAAAAGGACCUGAAGAUGUCAUCAGGGUGUCUGAUCUGCUUGAACUGGAUUUGUUCUCGCGCCUGCCAUUUUUGGCGUAUCUGUCAGCUUGCGGGACCGGGCAGACCAAGGCGGACACGUUCUUGGAUGAGAGUAUCCAUCUGAUCAGUUCCUGUCAACUAGCGGGAUUUCGUCAUGUUAUUGGAACUCUGUGGGAAGUCAAUGAUGAAAUUUGCGUUGAUGUGGCUACCAUUGUAUACGAGGGAAUAAGGGAUGCGAAUAUGAGCAAUGAUUCGGUCGCGAGGGGACUGCAUCAAGCGUCUAUGGUUCUUCGAGAUCGCUGGGCCAUGAAGAUGGGGCAUGAAAUGAAUAGCCGUAGGGACGUUUAUGAGGUGGAGGGCGAAGAUGAAACGAUCGCUCCUCUCUGGGUUCCUUACGUUCACUUUGGAAUAUAG